AUGCAGCACGAGGACAAUGGACCAGUGCUGGAACUAUUCGACGUGGUCCACGACGAACCCUUAAACGAAGAUGACGGACAGUCUUCAUUCAGCCACACCAUUUCCUCCGUGAACAUAUCGCACGCGUCCGGGCAUUACGCGUCUAGUCCUCUCACGCUGGAACACGAGGUGAACGCCUUGGAUGACCCCGGAUCACAUUCUCCGACUUUGCUGCAGGACGUCGAAGAUUCAAUUCCGCCCUUCUCUGUAGAACAGCUUGAGCACGACCUCGUUGCUCUGCUCAAGCAGAAUGAUUCCACUGUCUCUUCUGCACUGCUCAGCGUCGCAGCGCAGCGACAAGGGUCGCAACCGGUCGCGGGCGAGCCUUCCGCCCUCACAGGCAAUCCUUCUAUGACGCAACUUCAGAACUUCGAUGCCCUAUGUCCAAGCUUCAGUGCCCUGGCUGCGGUGCUCCACGCUGUACAGACGGCAGGCGACCAGAAUGGACGGCCAAACCAUGAUUUUGUCUCAUCAGGGCCGGACUUUGGACCUCAACCUUUGGACGAGGACCACGCGAAGAAGCGGACGCGGAAUGCACCUGCGUUUCAUUCCUUGACCGUGGACGAAGACAUACAAGGCCUGAGUGGCAUCAGCGGCGCGGGCAGCGGAAAUGCGAGUGGGACGGAUGGUUCGGAGUACCUAUACGACGAGGAAGGAGAAAGCGAGCGCGACGUGGACGCAGACGUCACUAUUGGUCGAAUACGGUACUCUUCGUCUCCUGAUCCUGCGGGCUCUGCCGCAGAAGAAGACCCGUCACCCGUCCCGAACGACUUCACCGACAUCGGCGAUAUCAUGCAUCAUUACACUCACUUCGACCAGGAUGACGAGGACGAUGAAGUGGAUCAGCUGGACGCCGAACUAGCGUCGUCGCCUGUCGAAAGCAAUAUCCUGGCGCUACCCCGUUAUCACCCUUUGCCACGGCCAGCCGCCCAUGACACAGCAGACGCUAUACCAGAGCUUGACGAAUUGGAGAGUGAUGGCGAGCAGCUUGUGGCGUCGACGUCAAGAAGUGUUGCGAUUACUGGUACCGCAGAGAAGCCAUCGAAGAAACCUCAGGAGAGGAGAGAACCGGAGAAGGGCGCUCAGGCCCAUGUUUGCGAGGAGUGCUCGAAGACGUUCAGUCGCCGGAGCGACAUGCUUCGGCACACGCGCAUACAUACAGGCGAGCGACCAUUCGUAUGCCCGGAGGCCGGCUGUAGCAAGACGUUCAUCCAGCGGUCCGCACUGCAUGUACACAUGCGUGUCCACACUGGAGAGAAGCCACAUAUAUGCGAGUACCCCGGUUGUGGUAAGACGUUUGGCGACUCCAGUAGCUUGGCUCGACAUCGGCGGACGCAUACCGGGAAGCGGCCCUACAAGUGCGAGCACCCUGUAUGUGACAAGACCUUCACCCGUCGGACAACCUUGACCACGCACAUGAAGACUCAUGAUCCGACUUGGGAGCCAGACCCCAAUAUCAAGUAUAAUUUUAGGGCAAAGAAGGUCAAGCUCGACAAUGCAGACCAAGACCAGGAGCUGCAAGAUUCGGUCCGGACACUCUCCGCGUUGCUCACACAGGGCGAACCACAACCUGGGUCAUCGUCAACGAAUCAACCACUCGAACCGCAAUUGGCAGCAAGUAUCGGUGAAGAGCUCGCCGCAGCUCUCGCAGAGGCACAGGCCCAGAUUUUCGAGGAAGACGACGAGGAUGAUGACGAAAGUUCCGGUCAGGAGCUGGGCGACGGCGAGAUGAAUGGUUCCAAUACAAGCGGAGUCGGAGACGAAGGCGGUGCGCCUUCAAGGGUCGAACGCGAGGCGCCUCUCGAGAUACACUUGCAGGAUACGUUGGGAGGUGACGAUGCGCUCGACUUCGCGAUACCCCUUCGGAAGCGGAAGACGGACGAUGUAGCGGCUGCUGUCACUGGUAAACGGAAACGAUGA